UGUGGGAAGAGGUAAAUGUAUUUCCAGAUUUAUUUUUCACCUUCUGAUCUCCUCACUGCAAUUACACUUUGCUUAAAUGUGACUUGACUCCCUGUAACUGAUUGAGACGAGAGCAAAUACCCAUUAUUAUUUUGUGGUAGUCUAAUACAAUGGAAAAUAUAUGUAAGUGUUUGUGUGUGCGUUUUCCCCCCAUCAGAGCAAAGAGCAUCAGAAACACGGUGUGUGUGAAUUUGGAACUGACAGCAGAGGAGUGGAAGAAGAAAUAUUACAAAGAGAAACAGAAAGGCGUUAAUAUGAAAGAGCUCGUAGACAAACUACAGACAGAGCUCAAUCAGUGGAAGACUGGUGAGAGAAGGAAACGGACAUAAUUGACAUAUUAGAGGGGGGAAAAUCUAGAAAGUUCUACAUGAGGAUCUAGAGAGUUUAAUCUUGACUGUGUGUUCAUUCCACGUGUUAUAUAGUUCUCCUUCUGUCACUGGUGCCUUUACCUUUACAUCUAACGUCUUCAGGAUGCUUGUGCCGAUUUUGAGGCACAAGCCUUUCCUUUUCUAAUGGUGUCCAAAUUUUAGGCUGGGCUUUAAAUCUCAGAUUAUCCUAUCCCAUGGCAUCCCACGGAUCGGCCGCUGGAUAGAUUAUAGAAAUUGGGGAAGGCACCUGAAUAUGUAUAUGUGGUGUAUCUCAGGUGUGUGUGUACCUGUGACGGAGAAAUUGAGUGACAAAAAACAGGAAGAGCUUAGUGACCACGCACCAAUCGUCAGUAAUGGCUUGGCUUCUGAAACACUGGCCAUGGAGAACAGUCAGUACGAGGAGAACAUCAACAACCUGUACAAACUACUGGAUGAUAAGGAUGAAGAGAUUAACCUACAGACGCAGCUGGUGGAGAAACUGAGGCUACAGAUGGAAGUACAGGAAGAGUUCUUGGCGUCGUCGCAGCGGGACUGCACUCGUGUUCAGGAGGAGCUGUGUUCUCUGCGGAGAGACAACGAAGACGUGAGGAGAGAGGUGAGGGAGGUGCUGUCUGCACUGGAGGAACUCGCUCUUAACUAUGACCGGAAGAGUCAGGAGGCCUCCAACUCAACACUUACCAACCACACACUCAGCUCACAACUCGCUGUGAAGAACGAGAUGCUAGAGGCCACUCGGAGCGAGUUAGUUGAGCUGCAGGAACUCAACGCUAGUCAGAAGAGGAGGACAGUGGACGUUCUCCAUGUGCUGCUGAGAGAUCUGAGUAACAUGGGAGCCAUCAUCUGUGUUCAUGAAAUCAAAAUGGUGUGUGAGGAUGGUGUUUCUUUAGACGACGAGUUCUCAGCGGUUCAACUUUUCCUCACAAAGCUCAAGUCUGAAUUGAAAAGCCUUAUCAUUCACACCAAACAGUUAGAGUCUACCCAUGAGCACACCUCGUUCAAGAUCCUGGCCAGUGACGGAGAGCUAGCUUCCUGUCACUUACUCAUCUCUCAGGUGAGGUGGCAGAUGUUUCAAUCUCAAGCUUUGAGUUCUGUCUGAAAACCAUCUGAUUUCCUCACUGCUUAUGUGAGGAGACUGGAUAAGUUCUAAAUAAAAACAUUUUGCUUUAAAUAUGGUGUCCUUCACUAAUAUUGGCACCCUUGGUAAAUAUGAGCAAAUAAAGCUGUGAAAAAAUUGUCUUUAUUGUUUAACCUUUUGAUCUUUUGUUCAAAAAAUUCACAAAAAUACUCUGCUUUUAUGGAUAUCAAACAAUUGCCAACAAAACACAGGUUUAUAAAAAAAAAAAAAAAAAAAAAACAAACAACUUAUUUUACUUUUGUAUUAUUGGCACCCUUUCAGUCAAUACUUUGUGCUACCUCCCUUUGCCAAGAUAACAGCUGAGUCUUUUCCUAUAAUGCCUGAUGAGGUUGGAGUAUACAUGGCAAGGGAUC